CUUUGACAGCUGCGGUCUGACGUGUUUUUCACUCUCCUCUCGGUGGAUUGUUCUCGGGUCGAAAUCGAUUUCGUGGCCGUUUUGUGGAAUUCUUUCCAGCUAAUUAUGCUGGUUUUGUGUUAAUUUACUUGUGAGGUGUUUAAAAAUAAAGGCCUGCUUACGGAAUAUUGAAAAGAGUGGAGCGAUGACGACAUACGAGGAGUUCAUCCAGCAGAACGAAGACCGCGAUGGCAUCCGCUUUACGUGGAACGUUUGGCCAUCGAGCCGGAUCGAUGCCAGUCGGCUGGUGGUCCCACUGGGGUGCCUCUAUCAACCGCUUAAAGAACGUCCGGAUUUGCCUCCGAUUAUGUACGAUCCGGUCGUUUGCACCAGGACCACUUGCCGGGCCAUUCUGAAUCCGAUGUGUCAGGUGGACUAUCGCGCCAAGCUUUGGGUGUGCAACUUCUGCUUCCAGAGGAAUCCGUUCCCACCGCAGUACGCGGCCAUUUCCGAGCAGCACCAACCGGCCGAGCUGAUUGCCGGAUUCAGUACCAUUGAGUACACGAUCACCCGGGCACCGUGUCUUCCUCCGGUGUUCCUGUUCGUGGUCGAUACCUGCAUGGACGAAGAGGAGCUGAAUGCAUUGAAGGACUCGCUUCAGAUGUCGCUGAGUUUGCUUCCGGCCAAUGCUCUGGUUGGGUUGAUUACCUUCGGCAAGAUGGUACAGGUUCAUGAACUUGGAACGGAUGGUUGCUCCAAGAGUUACGUGUUCCGAGGAACGAAGGAUUUAUCUGCCAAGCAGAUACAGGAUAUGUUGGGAAUUGGACGCGGUCCGGGGCCUAAUCAGCCCGGACAGCCUCAGCAGCAGAUGAGAGUGCCUGCAGGGCCAGUUCCUCCGGCAAAUCGCUUCCUCCAGCCGCUUCAUAAGUGCGACAUGGCCUUGACUGAUUUGCUGGGCGAGUUGCAACGGGAUCCAUGGCCAGUUCCACAAGGAAAGCGUUUCCUUAGAUCGACGGGUGCUGCUCUAUCGAUUGCUGUGGGCCUUCUGGAAUGCACUUACCCCAACACUGGAGCUCGCAUUAUGAUGUUCCUCGGUGGCCCAUGCUCUCAGGGACCCGGUCAGGUUGUGGAUGAUGAACUGAAGCAUCCAAUCCGUUCGCAUCACGACAUCCAGAAGGACAAUGCCAAGUUCAUGAAGAAGGCUAUCAAGCAUUACGAAGCCCUGGCGCUGAGAACUGCUACAAAUGGGCACUGCAUCGACAUUUACUCCUGUGCCCUGGAUCAAACGGGUCUGAUGGAGAUGAAGCAGUGUUGCAACUCUACCGGAGGUCACAUGGUUAUGGGAGAUUCGUUCAACUCGUCCCUCUUCAAACAAACCUACCAGAGAGUAUUCGCCGUGGAUCAGAAGGGAGAUCUGAAGAUGGCCUUCAAUGGCACCCUGGAGAUUAAGUGUUCCCGCGAGCUGAAAAUCGAGGGAGGAAUCGGAUCGUGCGUUUCGCUCAACGUCAAAAACGCUUCCGUGUCCGAUUCGGAGAUUGGAAUGGGAAACACGGCGCAGUGGAAGCUCUGCACGAUGACGCCCAACAGCACGAUGGCAUUCUUCUUCGAAGUGGCCAACCAGCAUGCGGCGCCGAUUCCCCAAGGCGGGCGAGGUUGCCUUCAGUUCAUCACACAGUAUCAACAUUCCAGUGGACAGCGGAGAAUUCGAGUCACCACUGUGGCGCGAAGUUGGGCCGAUGCCACCUCCAAUCUGCACAUGAUCAGUGCCGGAUUCGAUCAGGAAGCUGCGGCGGUCCUCAUGUCUCGAAUGGUCGUCUACAGAGCGGAAUCCGACGAUGGCCCAGACACUCUCCGUUGGGUCGAUCGGCAGCUCAUCCGUCUCUGCCAGAAAUUCGGCGAAUACGGCAAAGACGAUCCGAAUAGCUUCCGCUUGGCGGAGAACUUUUCGCUGUUCCCCCAGUUCAUGUAUCAUCUUCGUCGGUCCCAAUUCCUUCAAGUUUUCAACAAUUCACCAGACGAAACGACCUUCUACAGGCACAUGCUGAUGCGGGAAGACCUCACCCAAUCGCUGAUCAUGAUUCAGCCCAUUCUCUACUCGUACUCCUUCAACGGACCGCCGGAACCCGUACUCCUGGACACGUCCUCAAUCCAACCGGAUCGCAUCCUGCUUAUGGACACCUUCUUCCAAAUUCUGAUAUUCCACGGCGAAACCAUCGCCCAGUGGCGUAACCUCAAGUACCAGGACAUGCCCGAGUACGAGAACUUCAAGCAGCUGCUGCAAGCUCCGGUGGACGACGCCCAGGAAAUCCUGCAGACGCGCUUCCCCAUGCCGCGGUACAUCGAUACGGAGCAGGGUGGAUCACAGGCUCGCUUCUUGCUGUCCAAGGUCAACCCUUCGCAGACGCACAACAACAUGUACGCCUACGGGCAGACGGCUGCUCCCAUGGCGGAUGGCGGUGCCCCGGUGCUCACCGAUGACGUCUCGCUGCAAGUAUUCAUGGAACAUCUCAAGAAGCUGGCCGUCUCAUCCACCACCUAAUAAUCGCAAGGCGGGGUUGAUCAUUUUGCCUGGAUGAUGUGAAAUUGUUAGAUAUCGUGUACCCAAUACAGCAUGUUGAAAGUGUGACAGAAUCAGAUUUAAAUCAAAUAUAGUGUAGAGACUGCUGGAGAAACCACGAUGAUAUGAUAUUCCACUCGAUACGAUGAUUGUGUGCUUGUGGACGGCUGUCGAAGAUAACAAGAACCUCGUAUGCGAGACGCGACGCAAUUGUAAAUUGAAUGUGUCGCAACCGUUAAGGGGGAGAAUGCGAUAGAGAGAGACGAUCAAUUUGUGUCAAUGACUGCGACGAACAACAAGUAGAGGGAGAUAAUUGAUGGAAAUGUUUAACUAGAUGAUUUAUUCGUUGAAAAACGAUACUACCCAUAUAACUGCUUAAGCCUAAAUAAAUUUAGAGAAGGGACAAGAA